AUGUUGGCCGUCGAGUUUCAACAGAUUAGUGACACCACCGCGCUCAGGGACCGCGUCGCCCGUCUGGAAGAUACCCUGCGGCAGGACCUUCUGCAGACGGCUGUCAGACCAUGUGUAGCCCACCAGAGCCUGCCAAGCGACACCCAAGAUGACAGUCCACAGGGGGUUGGACCCAAGCAAACCUUGCAGAAGAUCCCUGGGCCGGGACAGCCCUCAAAUCCGUCUCCGAAUUUAUCUCUUCCCGAGAAUAAAGCACGCGACUUCAUCCAAAAGGAACUAUCCAAUGGCGGCCACCUUUCAUAUCGACAAAGGAUGACCCUAGAGGCAUCCUUGUCCCUCGUUGAGAAGUUGUCUAAGGGUUCAUCUGAUGGCGUAGAACCGGUGAAUCUUCAAGAAUACACAAGGGCUGAAGGAUACAGGCUCACACAUGCAGAGAUCCUGCAUAUAAUCAUGGCGAAGGCGAUCGAACGAAUGGGCCUUGCUUUGCUCAAUGACACAUUGGAUGAGCAGAUCGCCUUGCAAUACAGGGUUAUACUCCUGUUCAAGGGAGCCAUCAUCCACCUUGUUCACCAAGUCAUGGAUAUAAACGCCCAUGCCGAUCUUGACAGGCACCUAAACGACGUCAUGUUCCAUCGUCUUCAUGCCGCAUUGGCGGCCAUAGGCUCUGGCUAUGCGAGCACUGGGCAAUCCCAUAGGCUGUUCAACAAUCACGGCCUCCGCAUCUCGCACGUUGGUAGCGCUGGGAUACCACAACCUCACUCAAUUCAGCUCGGACCCUAA